AUGUUCGCUGCUCGUCGUCUCGCUACUCGUGUCCCUCGCGCCGGUGUCGCGCCCUUCCACAGCACCGCACCCGCCUUCGUUCAAAAGGGCGACGCCAUCCCCAACAUUGACCUGGUUGAGAACUCCCCCCGGGACCUCGAGUUAACCACCUUCGCGCGACCAGGCCCCGCCUGCUCGGCCAGCCACAUCCCCGGUUACAUCAAUCACCCCAAGCUCAAGGAAGCCGGUCCGGUCUUCGUGGUGGCCGUGAACGACCCCUUUGUAACCAAGGCGUGGGCCGACUCCCUUGAUCCCCAGGCCAAGUCUGGUGUCCGCUUCCUAGGCGACCCGUCCGGCCAGUUCACCGAGGCUCUUGACCUGAGCUUCGACAGCGCCGCCAUCUUCGGUAACAACCGCAGCAAGCGUUAUGCAUUGCUGGUGGAGAACGGCAAGGUGAAGGAGGCUUUCGUGGAACCCGACAACAUCGGUCUGAACGUCUCCGCCGCCGAGAAGGUGCUCGUUUAG